GCUCCUUGGAGCCUCCAGGAGACGGGUCAGCCCUGGUUUGUUAUGGAAACUUUGAGCCUGGAGAAGUUGGUCGGUAAAUGUGUGAGGAGGAGGAGGAGGAGGAAGGAGGUCAGGAGGUCCUCCGUUUCUCCUCCACGGACCGGACUGAUCCGGAUCUGCGUUCCUCGGGUCUGAACAGAACGUUCUGUGCAGCAGCAGCGUUUCCUGCAGCUCCGUGAGAUGAAAAACCUCAACGCGUCGGUCUAACCUGUUUCUGCUACACCUGUGGUAGAGCUUGAGGCCACAUUGCAGCCCCGUUUCCCAGCAUGCUGUGCUGCGUAACAUGAAAGCUGCAGGGUUCUCCAGAGGGGCUAACCACGCAGAGGCGGCGGCGCCGGGAGCUGCAGGUGGGAGGAGAAGGAGGAGGAGGAGCACUCCUGCUGGCCUCCUCUGGAGAGCUCAGCUUCUGCUGCAGAGCUGCGGGUUCCAGUGUUUGCAAAGCUGUGCUCAUUUGAGAACAACACACAUCGGCGGCGCAGACAGGAAGUGGCGUUGAGGUUGCUGGUUAGACUCUCAGGCGGCUGCAUGUGGAGCAGCUGAUGGUUGUAAGAGAUAAGAUUCUUUUACAACCAUCUCUGAUCUCCAGCAGGUCCAGACUGUAUUUUUAGAAACAAUGACAGCAGUGGGACCAAAUGAUGGCCUGUGAUUGGUCCAUGACUCACCUGGAAACAGACAGAGACUUUUGCUGGGGGGGUCAUCAACGAUAAGCUCACGAACUUAUGGAGAAUUUUCUCGUCAUUUCCACUAAAGCGUGCACGAGGGCUGGAGCGUGCACAAGGGCUGGAGCGUGCACGAGGGCUGGAGUGUGCACGAGGGCUGGAGUGUGCACGAGGGCUGGCUGUACAGCAGAGGAAUACUUCUGGCAGGUGGGGGCUUCAGGGGGUUCUGUUGUCUUCUUUCGACACACUGACCAUCCAACGUGCAUCCACGUGCACGUCUGACCCUAAUGAGUGAUCUGGGCCCCCCAGAGAAGACCUGUUCCAGCCUGAGGUCAGAGGAGCAGGAGCUCCUGCAGGAGGUCUGGGGGGGUCCAGCUGCUGAUUGCUCGCAGCUCAGAUGAUCAGAAAUGUUUUGUGACUUGCAGAACUUCCUGUGAGCGCAGACCUCAACCAGCGGCCCGCCUGCUUCCUCUGCAUAAGCCACACCCCUCCUGCUGACAGAGCAGCUCUCAGCUGUCGCUGCGUCUGCAGCUGGACUUGUGACACGAUGGCGUUCGGCUGGAAGACGGACGCUCUGCUGCUGCUGCUGCUGAUGAUGGCGACGGGAGGCCAGGCUCAGAGCGGAGACGGAGACUCAGAGCUCCAGAUGAGCUGCAGCUCCCACAUCUCCAUCCAUGGAUGCAACGUCACCUGCCAGCUGCUGACGGACAGCAGCAGCAGUGAGGAUGAGGAGGAGGAGGAGGAGGAGUGGAACGCCGUUGUCAAGACCACCAUGUGUUAUUCCGAGUGGACCAAAAGUGGCAAGAAGAUGAAAUGCGUGGAGGCCGAUGGAGACACAGUCCGGUCUGAGGAUCUGAGUCCGGUGGUGCCCGUCAACGUGACCGUGCACCUACAGAGAGGACGACCCAUCUCCUCCGUGGUGAACCUGACCAAAAUAGUUAAACCCAAGAGUCCUCAGGUGUGCAAUGUCACCUUUGACCUGGAGUCAAACCAGACGGUCAUCUUUAUCGAGAUUCCAUACCAGAACGACUAUCUGAAGGUGGAGAACCAGCUGUUCCAGCUGCACAUCUGGACUGCAGGACAGAAUCUGAUUCAAAACGUUUCCUCUCAGGACUGUAUCCGGUUUGACACGAAGCACCUCCGCCCGCGCUCCCAGUACCACGUGAAGGUACGCUCCAUCCCCUGCGGUGUUCUCCGUGGCAGCUGGAGCGAAUGGAGCGAGACGGUCAGCUUCCUCAGUCCUGCGGAUCCCCCUGUGGUGAAGAUGGAGCACAUCCUCACGGUGUGCUUGAUGGUGGUGGUGGUGGUGGGGGUGACCUCCAGUGCCUUCAUCUUCUGGAAGAAACAAAUUCUGACCUUCAUCUGGCCCAUCAUCCCACAUCCCAAGCAGACUCUGGUUCAGAUCUGCAAACAGCACAAGGGUCUCCUGCUGAGCCUGAAUCCUGAGGAGUUCAGCUCCCUGAACGUGGACCCGGUGGACCGAGCGGUGCGUGACGAAGAGCUCCUGGCCAGCGGCCCCCAGCCGGGCUCCACUCAGAGCUCUGACUGCAGGAACUCCACCAGCGUCAGCACAGAGGAGCUGGAGGUCUCUGCAUUGCUCAGCAGGACCUCAUCUGACAGUGAAGACAGCUGGCAGAACCUCGCCGCCUCCUCCAUCCACGGACCCAGGAAGCAGAACCAGCAGGACUCCCCCCUGCCAGAAGGAGGCAGCGCAGCCAGCCCCGUGGAGUUAAGAGCGACCCAACCAGAGGAGGCCUACGUCACCAUGUCCAGCUUCUACAGGACCAAAUAGCUGCAGCAGAACCUCCUGGUGGACAGACGGACACCUGGAGAACCAACAGCACGGUCCUGCAGAUCUGCUUCCUGGUCUGGAUGUUCUCUCAGCAUUCACAGGAGAUCCUGCAGGAACCACCAACUCUUCAUCCUUUUGGAUCCAUUCAGACUCCUCAGCUCACUGGACUCUGAGGAACAUGAUAAGGAACCUUUGAUAGAGGACCUUUCAGAAGACGAGCUUUUAGCAAAGAUGCAUCAUUUUGUACUUUUAUUGUGGAAUUCUAAUGGAGCAAACAUCCUGCUGCUGGAACCUGCUGCUGAAAGCUGCACUGAAGGGUCUCCACUGGAGGAACACCGUCUGCUGUCUGAAGGUGGACAGGAACCAGAUCUGGACUUUUCACUGUAUCUGAGAUCUGGAUUGAGUGGCCCCUCCCCCUUGGCAUUCCAAACAGGAAGUACUCAAAAAAUCCCACAGAUUUCUAUACAGAACCAAACAGCUGUUCCUCAGUCGUUCUGGAUCUGGUACCUUCUUUAAUAAGUUCUUGAUGAUCCUCUUUUUAUAAUUAAUGUUUUUUUGUAGUUCAGAAAGAUUUUAAUUUCACAUUUUGUGUAGGUGGUAGGGGUGUGGCCUUCAUACAAGCUCGCUCAUAAUUGGUCAGAGUGGUUGCCAUAGGAACGAUGACUCAAACCGACUGGGACCAAUCACUGUUUCCUGACGAUGUCUGGUUCCAACACCGCGGCAUCCGUGUCAGGGAAAAAUGGCGACUGAAUUGACUUCAUUUGGUUGAAGCCAUUUUUUUGGUGGGGGGUCCACACUCUCUUGGUCCAAUUCUCACAUACAGUCGAUGCUUCUGACUUGGUAACAUUUCUGUGGGCGUCUUCCAUCUCCAGCUCCAAAAACCGGUUCCUAACCAACUCUUGGCUGACCAACAGCGAAGACCCCGCGUUGGCGUCUGGGUCAUCCAGUUUGGUUUUUAGACAGGAACUGAGGGUGUUUCCUUGUUGUUCAACCCCGCCCCCACCUAUAGCUCCGUCAGAGGAGGCUUUGUAUAGUCUGCCACCGUUACCAUGGAGACCUGAAGCCGUUUGUGGCCCAACCAGAGAACAAUGCUGCUGUGUGAGUCAAGAACAGCUCAUGUGUGACACGGGUUGAUGAUGGAGACACCGUCCACAAGACAUUGCUGCUUUAUUAACCCUAAAAAGAAGUGAUCAAACUGACAGACUGUUAUCAUUCAGCUCCACAGACUCAGUUAGUCAACAUGGCCGAACCACUCGCUGAGACUGAAGAACAACCCUUCUUCAGCUGAGAGGAAGAUCUUCGGAUCCCACAAACAACCUCUGCUAAAGCCGGGAAGAUCCUUUGAGGGUCCUCUAAAUAUCCUAAGAAUCCUGUGAAAUCCUACAAACAUCCUGUGAAGAUCAUUUCAGGAUCCAUGCAUGACAUUUAAAGUCUCUAGAUCCCGGAACCAUCCUCUGGAAUCUUUGGAAAGUCUUCUGAUGAUCCUCUUGAAAUCUUUAGGAGAUCCUCUGAAGAUCCCAUGAAGCUUACAGCUUCCAGGCGUUCCUCAUCAUGAGAAUGAAGUAGACAUCGCUGUCGAUGGAUGCGCUCACGCCACUGUAGUAGUCAAUGAACUCUUCUUUGGUGACCUGCAGAUCAGGAGAGAAGAUGAAGAGAUGUUUUUUCCAGGAUGAAGACGAGGGGGAAGGCAGUGAAGUGAUAGUGAGCAGAUUUUGUUACAGAGUUGAGUUCUAGUGAUGGAGCUCUGAGGAACACUGAUCAGCUCCUCAGAGCUACCGAAGCAUUAGCAUGUUCUCCUGGAUUCUACUUUGUCUUUUACUCGCUCGGUAACAGGAACUUCCUGGCUCCUCCCACAUCAGCCAAUGUUCUCUCGUGUCGGCUGUUGGUCUACCUAUAAAGACCAAUGUUUGAAUGUGUUCCACUGAACAAUCGCUGCUAUGUGAGAACAUCCCCACAAUAAACUCUUCUUCCUCUGAGUCCCUCGCUGAUGAGGUCUGUUCUGGGUUUGAUCCACAUCUACAGCGCUUUACAGCCACCGUCCCAGUCACCCAUGAACACACUGACGCCAAACGCCACCAGGACAGGGUGGGGUUGCCAGGGACACUUCAGGACAGGAACGGAACCUGCAAUCCUCCAAUCAGAGGUGGACUGCUCCACCACAGCCCCCCCCAGUCAGGUUGUUUUGUGUUUUGACGUUUUGUGUUGAACUUUCAGAUGGUUUCAUGCUGCUGCUUCACAAAUGAACCCAACCAUAAAAAAGGGUUGACACGCUGUGUUCCCUCACCGCGUCGCCGUUCUCCUUCCACUGUUUAACGCUUUUCUUUUUCUUACUGGACAUUGUAUUCUACAUUCUGAUUGGCUGUUGACCUUGUCAAUCAAUGUCCUCCGUGCUUUGUCUCCUGUACAGAAUGCGUUCUUCAUCUUCAUCAUUCUAUAAUCCUGGAUGUAUUUUUCUAUGAAGGUUAGAACUUUUAGCCUUGAAACCCGAGAGAAAAGCGGGAAAAUGUUCAUGUCUGUCUGAGAAACAUCUAGAACGUGUGUAGAGAGGAGUUUUACAGCCUUAGAAUUCUGCUUCACAGAUUUAAUCCAUAAGGGGUUCUUUUUAGAACAUAUUUCCCGCGAAAAACAAGGGAACGCUGUAGUUCUUCUUCUCCUUUGGUCUGGAUUUGUCCGGACUUGGGACCGGCACGAUUAGACCCUGGCUCUGGCCCUCUGGUGGCUACGUUGAUGAUCCUGUGUUCUAUGUAACAUUAUAUAAGAAAGGUCAUAUUCUCUAUGAUGUCUGAUAUUACUACUGUAUUAAUGAUGGUUCUCUUGACACGGGCCUGUUCUUAACUCAUGUACCGUAUUAAAUUCUAAGCAGAUUGAA